CAAGGUUGGUGACACUAGACGCGACACAAAUCCCCAAAUCAUAACAUAACCUAACAAUUUAACCAAAUUUUGCCGCAACCGAUUCAAAACAAAACAAUGAACAACCCCUCUUUCGACUACAAAGCCGCUUGGGCCACCAUUACACAAGCCUUUCCCAUUCUGCAGAGCCCCCCAUCGCUGCCCGAAAGCGACUUCGAGACUGUUCCCUUUGAAGCCGUUAACACCAUCAAACUCCUAAACCUGGCGGAACAAAUCCAGGAUUUGGUAAUAACUCGGAUGGAGGAGCGUUUGCGGAAAGACAUCGUCCCUCAGUUCUGGUCACACUUUAAGAAAACCGACCACGAUUCGGCGACCUUUCGGGAGUUCCACGACGCCGUGAAGUUUCUCUAUUACAACUACAUGAAGCUCGACUUGAUUAUGAACAAACUGAUUGUGUUAAGAGAGGCGAGCAAUGUGGCCAAGCCCGUGUACAACCACGCGUGUUUGCACGAAGCCUUGAAGUUGAUAGUGAAAGCGGUGUUGCUGUCGCAGCUGCCGGUCGAUCAACAGUGGCUGAUUUUGAGUUUUUAUGAAAAGGCGCUGAAAAGGCAGGACUGCGAGGAGGAGAGUUACGGGAAUGAGCAGUGCUGCGGGUGUUUGCAGGAGCAGUAUGUGUGUCAGUGUGUGGAGAUGUUCCAGGAGACAAAUAAGAAGUUGGGAAAAAUGGCAUUGUUGGAGCCACUAGUGGGGCAGUCACUGACUGACUUGAUUUAUAAUUAUAUACAGGCCCACAUACAGAAAAUAUGUAAGGAUAGUUUCGACACGUCACAUUUAGAGAGUCUGGAAAAGUGGCUACAAUCGGUGAUCAUUUCCUGGCUGAAGAAAAUUUAUUAUUAUGACUGCGCCAACAGAUCUGAGCGUUUUAUAAAUGAAUUUGAUCAGAAACUCAUCAGUUAUUUGUACAACGCAUACACAAAGAUCAGGAUAGAUCAACUAUUUAAUAUCAUAAUUGAGUAUCCAGACUCUCUUCCUGCUCUAGAGGAUCUCAGGUUGUGUCUACCCAAAACUGACUUAAAGCCACAUUUGACUAAGACGUUGCAGAAGGCGAUGGAGACGAGAUUGUUACAUCCAGGUGUCAGUACUUCAGACGUUUUAACAGCUUAUGUUGCCACAAUCCGGUCCUUACGGAUCCUAGACCCCUGUGGUUUGCUUUUAGAAACCAUCACGCAACCCAUUCAUCGGUACUUGAGAAGUCGGGAAGACACCAUCAGGUGCGUCGUGAGUAGCUUGACGGAGGAGGGCCCCAACGACCUCGCCGAGGAGCUCGUCCGUGGCGAAGCCGUCCAAGUCGACGAGAACACCCCAGUGGACGACGGCGUCGAGGACUGGGAGACCUGGACCCCGGACCCCGUGGACGGCGUCACAAGCAAAACUUCAGGUCUCCCUCGCACCUCUGACAUCAUCUCCAUGCUUGUCAACGUCUACGGGAGCAAGGAGCUCUUCGUCAACGAGUAUCGCACGCUCCUGGCCGACCGGCUCCUCUCGCAGUACUCCUGCGACACCGAGAAGGAGAUCCGCUACCUGGAGCUAUUGAAGCUGAGGUUCGGCGACUCUCAGUUGCACUACUGCGAGGUGAUGUUGAAGGACAUCGCGGACUCCAAACGGAUCAACCAGCACAUCAAGCAAGACUUGAACUACUCAGAGGACGACAUUCCGAUGUCGGCGAUGAUCGUGUCAGCCCAGUUUUGGCCCCCGUUCAAGGACGAGAAGCUGGAGUUGCACAAGAGGCUAGCGAAACAGAUGGAGAAGUACACGAGCGCGUUUGAGACUCUGAAAGGGAGUCGGACGCUGUGCUGGAAGACGCAUUUGGGGAUCGUCGACCUGGAGAUCGAGUUGGCGGAUAGGAGUUUGAGUUUGUCGGUGUCGCCGGUGCAUGCGACGAUUUUGAUGCAUUUUCAAGACCACAAGUCGUGGUCUUUGGAUGCUUUAAGUAAAGUAAUGCAUGUGCCAUCAACCAUCUUAAGACGGAAGUUGAGCUUCUGGCAGUCACACGGAGUCAUAACUGAGCGAGAACCGGAUGUGUUUCACUUGCAAGAAGAACAAGAAAAUAAAGAAAAUAAUUUACAAGAUGAUAUAGUGGUGGAGGAUUAUGAGUCAGAGUCUGCUAUGGCCAGUGCGCAAGACCAACGAGAAGAAGAGCUCCAGACCUUCUGGUCAUAUAUCUUGGGCAUGCUGAUGAACUUGGACACGCUUCCAUUGGAGAGGAUCCACCAGAUGUUGAAGAUGUUUGCCUUCCAAGGCCCCACCAUCGAGUGUAAUAUACAAGAAUUGAAAGUGUUUUUAGACAGAAAGGUGCGGGAGCACCAAUUGAUUUAUUCAAAUGGACUGUAUAGGUUACCUAAAUAAAUGUUUGGUACAUA